AUGCAUGAGUCUGAAGAGCAAGUCCCUGUUCAGCCACACAGCCCUUCCGAGGUCAAGAUGAAGUCCCAGCAGCAGUCUGCUACGCCGAUGAACAUCGACCACGACUCCACAGCCAAUAACUAUGAGACGCUUACAGACGACUCAAUUCUGCCCAAUCCUACCACGGCCAACCUCGUGGAUAUCAAGCAUUUCCUCGAGGCAAUGACAACGGCCGACAGAGAGAUCCAGCAGGAACUGCGCCAGUACAUCGUCGACAAGAAGUACAUCAAGAAGCUCGUCGCCUUGUUGGAAAUCUAUGAGAAUUCGGAGAAGGCGUCGUGCUUGCACACCCUCCGUCUGAUCCUCCUGCAUUUGAUGAACCUCUACGAUUCGGACAUCAUCCAGGAAAUCUUGAAAACCAGCAACUUUACCGGCUGCCUUGGUAUCCUGGAGUACGAUGCAGAUGUGAAGGAGGGAAAAGCCCAGUACCGGCAGAUGUUCUCUCGAAUGGGCAAGUUCAAGGAGGUCGUUCCGAUCGGCGAUCCAGACACCAUGAAGCUAAUCAACCAGGUGAUCCGUCUCCAGUUUCUGAAGUACAAGGUCCUGGCUGAUACUCAGGAAGUAGACGCGAUUUCGGUGGUGACUCUCAUGAGUAAGGCCAAGAACCUCGAGCUCGUCCAGGACAUUGCCUAUGACCGCCAGUUGAUGAAGGACCUCUUCGAUAUCUUGAAGAACCCAUCGGAGCCAAAGCGUCGCCGAAAUGACGUUGUGCUGUUUGUGCACCAGCUUUGCACUAUGGCCAAGAAGACAACUAUCGACGUCUACAGGAAACUCUGCCCUGCUGGUCUUUUCGAGCUACUCGAGCAUGCUUUUGUGUCCGAUGACACCCGGGUUAAGCAGGCAGGAGUCGAGAUUAUGCAGAUAGCCUUGGAGACCAGCCCGCGUGUGAUCCGCAUGCAAAUCAUCGAGCAGAACUCCCACAAAGGCUCCAAAGUAUUCCUGGACGCUAUUUUGAAGCAAAUCAUCGCACAAUCCAAUGUCGACUUCAUUUCCCAGUUUACCGAUGCCGUUCAGACUUUGCUGAAUGUCAACCCCGAGGCGGCAGAAGAUAGCAUCUCGACCUCUGCUUUGCGGGGAAGCGAAUCAGCUGACGACGUCUCGGACCGCCCUGACCCCAGCGCGGAGGCAUUCUUGGACCUGUUUUACACGCAGUAUCUCAGCACUCUGGUCAAACCUGUGCUGGAGCUCACGAGAUCUUCGACGUCUCUGGAUCAUCGUACAUCCGCUCGGUGUGAGGAAGUCUGCAAACUCAUGACGUUCCUCGUUCAGCAACAUCCCUCGCAGCUCAAGGUCUUCCCUACCUCCAACUGCCUUUUAGAGAAGAUCACCCUCCUCUUCAAAAAUAAUUCCAAGAAAUUGCGUUUCGUGGCAUUGAAAUUCUUCAGAGCCUGCAUUGAUCUUAACGACGAUUACUUCAGCCGCAUGCUGAUCAGGAACAAAGUGAUUCACAGUGUCAUUGGCCUUCUCCAAGACACCAAAGGCAACAGGAACGCCAUGAAUUCGGCCUGCCUGGAAUUUUUCGAUCGUAUUCGAAAGAACAACAUCAAGUUGCUGGUCUUGCAGUGCGCCACUAUCCACAAGGAAGCGAUGGAAGGCUUCAGCUAUACCCCUAUCUUCAAACAGCUUUUGGCCUUGCACACCGUCAAAGGUGGCAGCAGAACAGCAAGCCCACCACCUCAGGCCAUGGCUGAUUCAGCUCUUCCAAACAUCCCUCCUCACUACGCUCGCCCUUUCUUCAAGAAUGCCAACAAGGCCGAAUGCAGCCACACCGAUGGAUCCUCCUCCGGACCAUUCAGCAUACGUGAGAACGGAGUCGAGUCGGCGGACAGGCUUAUGUCGGAGCUUUUUGGCGACGAUGACGACCACGACAUGGUUGCUGCAGGAAACGAUGUCCCCCAGCCGUACCAGCUGCGCCAUAGGCUCCAAAGAACUGAUUCCGAGGAGACUAAGGACUGCAAUGCUACUGCCGCCAACGACUGCUCAUCCGUUAGUCAGACAAGGAUGGAUCUGACUAUCUCGUUGCCGCCAACUAGUGCAGUUCCCGUAGCGUCCACGAUUGAGGCCAAGGAGAGCAAGUCGAAGCGUAAAAGAGACGAUGAGACCGAGGAGGAUCUCAAAGACGGAGCCGCUCGAGCUCAGUCCCGUGCCAGGUUGGAUUCUGGUGUCCCAGGAACCAUUGAGGCCGCUGCCGCCAUCACCGCCUAA